UUCAGCCAACUCAACUAAAACUGAUCUGCAAAUGGAUAAUGAGUAUUAUUCCAAAAUCAUAAACACCCUUAGAAGUGAUGCCUCAGAACCUCUAGCUAAAACACAGAAAACAGAAGAUCCUGCAGCCACUCCUCGAGCUCGUCACUCUACAGCUGGACCCAUCAACAACAUUAAUGAUUUGCCUACACCCAACGUAUUGAAAUAUAAUGAGUAA